CCAUCCCCCAUUCACCUUCCAUCCCCAUCCACUCCCCCCGGUGUUGUCAUCACUCCCUCUCGCUCCCUUGGAUGGCCUCGCAUGAUGUCCAACCUUUGGGUGUAAACGCCCUCCUUGCGCACGCUCUCCUGUCCUUUUCUUUAUGAUGUGCGGCCUCUCCCGCAUUCUCCGCUGUGCUCGCGAUCCCGCGUCACUCUGACCUCUCACUGCCUCGCUGGAGGUGAUCACCAAGGCUGCUGUUGCUGAAGAAGACCAGGAAGGCUCCCGUAAUCCGAUCUCGACCAUGUCAUCCAUGCCUUAUCCCCCGGCAGCGCCCGCCCUGGCCCGAUCGGAGCCGGGGUCGAUUCUGGCCGGCAAGCCCAGCGGAGUCCCGCAAGACCUGGUGGAAUCCGCUCUGGAACAGUCGGUCCUCCCAGCCCAGCAUGCUCUCUCGACCUUUGAACUCGUCGUCACCACCAAUGCCCCCAUCCUCGAAUCCCUUCUGCUGCAGACUCCCACCGAUACCAUUCUGAAACUCUACCACACCUCCCGCUACCUCCGCUCGUUUCUCCGCUCUUAUCCGACCGCAUGGAAGUACCUGUCGUUCCGACUGUUGUAUCCCUCCGGCACACCCCCGCCCCUCCGCGUCAUCCUCACCGGAUCUGCCGAGGCGGUUAUCCCGCGCCAGUCGCGCCCGUACGCGCUCGACCAGCUGUUGAUGAACGUGGUGAUUCCGUUCAGUCCGUGCUUGCGCAGUUUGGAGUUGGAUAACACGGCUGUUUCGGGGCAGAUCUUGAUCUCGACGGUGCUACAUUCUCGACGAGAGGCCUUGGAGCACCUCUCCGUUCGAGGAUGCAAGAAUGUCUCGUUAAAGUACCACAUCAUCCCGUAUCUGACCAUGUUUGGCCUCCAGUACGAUGUCAACAUGGAGCAGAAUAUCGGCAGCUCUCCCGCUACGAAGCACCUGGCACUGAAGAGUCUCUACACGUAUCGAUGUCGACAUCAUCGACGACGACCGUAUCUGACUUCCUCGCUGUCGAGAAAAGACUCCGACUCGGAACCGACUCAUGAGCUCGUGAAUCUCUGCCACAAGCUGGGCAUCUGGACGGAUACGGCAUGGUGCUCGACCCCGGCGGGGCGGUGCUUCCGGAGACGGGGCUACGUGUCGAUGCGGGUUCCGCAGGGCUCCGCCGAGGUCUGGGUUGUCUUUGAUCGGUUGUGGAGGUCGAAGAACUGGAUCGGUCCGACCGACCCGACCAGCCGCCCGGCUCAACGGGAUGCGAAGCUGUGGGAACACAGCGAGACGGGCUACGACGGCGAAGCUCUGGGGACGGGCGAGGGACGAGACCAUGGGGAAGGGAAGAUGCUCCCGGCCCAUCUGCGUCGGAGCCAUACCCAGUUUACUGAGAACAUCCGUUGCGAUAACUGCUGCGAGAUGAUCUCGGAGCGGUGCGAGCAAUGUAGUAUCCUGAUGCACUGUGUCGGGUGUCGAAAGACCCUGUGUGCGAGCUGCGCUUAUGAACGGCCCUAUCUGCACUGCCAGUCCCGGUCGGACUCGUCUUCGGAUGCCAGUCCCUUCUGGUGGGCGCCUGGCGCUACCAUGUCGCCCUGUUCGAUGCAAGACCCGGUCGAACACACGGAGACUACGAUACCGAAUAGUUCCGCCCCCUCCUAUCCGGCCCUUACGUUCCAUUGGUGCUGCACGGAGCCCAUCUUCUCGGGCGGUGGUGGCAUCAGUAUUGGCACGCCGAACCGCGAUGUGGACCAAGUGCGAGCCGUGCCUCUGCCCCGCGGACAGGGUUGGGAGGACCUGGAGUACUCGGCGCAGGAAUGGAGCAAGACGUUCCCGCGAGACGCCUAUGGAGACCCGCGCAAGCCCGACUACACGCUGGAGACCGGCCAUAUUGCCAUGAUGCGGUGGUUGCUGGGCCCGCCCGACCGACAGCCCGCCGCGUGUCCCCGCAAUCUGUGCCAGGACUGCUACGACACGCCGCAGUGGAAGGUGCACUGCAAGAGCUGCUCGAAACCGUUGUGCAUUGAGCAUGAUCUGCGGGGCCUCCGCUUGCGAAUCUGCGGGUAUCGGGAUCUGACUUCGGAAAAGAUCGCGAUUCAAAAGCACGCCGAGUCCGGCUCUCGCGGGUUUGCAUCGCGGAUGACCUACACGCAUUCCGUGCCGGAAUUUGAGCUGCCCUAUCGGUCCCAGCGGAUUAUCGAUUCGACCACGAGCAGUUUCACUGAAGACCACCACGACGGAUUCGGUGAGGCGAGUAGCGCGGUGCAUGACCGACCCACUCCGUUGCUCCAUCGCCGCUCCCGCAGUCUCUCGAUCUCCAACUCGAACCGCUCUCGCUCGUCCUCCUCCCCGUCUUCGGUGUACUGUGACUCGCCGUCGGAGCAGCCGAAAUGGCAAGGAUGCCAGUCGUUCUUCUGUCCGCAGUAUCGGGCAAUGGGCGACCAGCGCCAGCGAUGUUCUAGCGUGCUCCGCGAAUGCAUCGGGUGCCAGGUGUACGUGUGUGAGGACUGCACAUCGGUCUACCCGCCGUGCAACUGCUCGUACUGCGAAGUCAACUACCUGUGUCCGAACUGCCACAAGGUCCGGGAGCAGGACGGGACCUGCCGCCGGUCGGCAGAAGAAAAGGCCCGCCAGGAGCGCAAGUGGAAGGAGGACAUGCGUCUACUAGAGGGGAUUCUCGAGAACAAGCUGGCGAACGAGAUGGCCGAAUUCGCGGGACAGUUCUUCGACGUUGUUGAGGGGGUGGAACGCGGCGAAGUGAUGCAUAUCGAAGAAGCGUCUGCAUAUCCGGAUGGACUGGACGAGGCGGAGCUGUUGGCGGAGGAAACAUUAACGGACAGUACUGAAUGAUGGUGGAUGGAUCUAGGGCGUCGGAAAAGGUGCGGUGGAGUUAUUGUCUCGGUGGUAUGCCAUUUUGCAGAUAUUAAGAUCACUACGGUGGUUGCCUAGUUGUUGCAGUUGCUUAGCGCUGGCGCUGGGUGUGUCUACUGGAUGGACAGCUGUGAUAGCCGAUCUAUUCUAUGACUGAAAUUGUUAGAGUAUGCGUAGCUGUAUGGAGCACAUAUGAAGUACUGAGUAAGAUGAGUGGUAGCUCCGCUCCGCAGCCCCGCAACGCGGAAGCUUCCAGUUCAGUUCAGACCACCAUUAUUCUCC